AUGCUAGGUAAGUUCUUCAAUUUCAGGAAAUAUUUCCCUUGUUAUUCAGUGCAUGCAUUGUUUGAUGAGCAAAAAGGCUACAACGAGCCCACCAAGACCAUGACAUACCCGGAUAUCAGGUGUAAAAGAUCUUCAGACAGAUUUGAAUCCAACAAGGGGGAAAUGAUUUUCCAAGAAGAAUCAUUCGAGUCUUUUGACUUUCUCGCGAUUGGUACAUUUGGUAUGGAACUACUCCCCUCAGACACCCCAACACCAAAGCUCGCGACACCCCACGAAAAUUGGACUAAUCCACAAACAAAGAUAACAGAAAAUGAUCUCAAACUCAUAAACUACGAGCUCGAGAAAUUUGUAGAAGCUGAGGAGAAAAAAAUAGCCUACGACGCAUCAGCAAGGAGCAGUCAGGCAAGUAUAAUAACCCUCAGCCAUGCAACAACUGAAGGACUAGAUUCUGAAAACCAAAUGUAUACCAUGGCUUGUCCUCUCCAGAAUUAUCUCUUUGCCACGUUGACUGAUCAGACAGGGAAGGAUGAAGAAUUACAGAAAGAAAAGACAGCACUUACAGGGCAUUUUAGGGAAAACAACAUGGCUCAUAACAAGCAUAUGAAGAUACGCGAAGAAUCAGAACAAAAAUCAAGGAAAAGAAAUGUAUCUCAUUUCAUGAAAAAGAUGGUGAAGAAGUUAAAUCCAACAUCAAGAUGCUUAAAGGUUUCAUCUAAAGAUGAUGCGGCUCUAUCCAUCUCAUUUAAGAAAAGACUCUCAAAGGCUAUAAAGAUAUUUGACACGAAGGUUCGCGCUAAAGAGAUGACAGACAAACAGUUUGGUAAGCACCAAAAGCAACGGAGGAAAAGCAUUUCCCAUGAGGAUGGAAAUAAGAUGGUUGGUCAAGGCGGGAGCAAAUGGAGUGACAAGGGCAUCGGGAAACUAUCUUCAAAUGGGACCCACCCGGGUGCUUCAACUAUCAAUAGAGGGCACUGGAUCAAGACAGACUCUGAUUGUAAGUUAAAUGCAUCAGUGGAAGAUUAA